CAAGCGAUUGUAUUUUUCUGUAUUUGCUAAAUCAAAAUCAUACGCAUUUCAAUAAACACACACACUGAGUCACUGAAACACGUAAGGAUCCGACAAAAAUCUUUAAGGAGAUGGGUCUGGGUUUAAACAGGGGAAUUCCCAGUUUGCUGAAAAUAUCAUGCAUGGUUAUUGUCGUAAUGAUUUCGUCAGAAUUGGCAGAUUCGAAGUGUGAAAUCGAAGGAAUAUUCAAUUUCGGAGAUUCGAAUUCGGACACGGGAGGAUUCUGGGCAGCAUUCCCGGCUCAAACGGGGCCAUGGGGAUCCACCUUUUUCAAGAAACCGGCCGGCCGUGCCUCCGACGGCCGCCUCGUCAUCGAUUUCUUGGCUCAAGCAUUGGGGAUGCCGUUUAUAAGCCCGUACCUUCAAUCGAUCGGAUCGGACUAUAGACACGGUGCCAACUUCGCAACGUUAGCCUCUACUGUCCUUUUGCCCAACACUUCCCUGUUUGUCUCCGGAAUCAGUCCCUUCUCCCUCGCGAUCCAACUCAACCAAAUGAAAGAUUUCCACGUCAAAGCCCACCCUCAUCCUCAUUCAUCGGGAUCCAGUAUCCUUCCUCCGCCCGACAUUUUCGGAAAAUCCAUUUACAUGUUCUACAUUGGUCAGAACGAUUUCACUUCCAAUUUAGCAGCCAUUGGUGUCGAGGCUGUCCGGCAAUUCCUUCCCCAAGUCAUCGCCCAGAUCGCUUCUACCAUUACGGAGAUAUAUGGGAUAGGGGGGCGAACGUUUAUGGUGAUGAACCUAGCACCGGUGGGAUGUUAUCCGGCGAUAUUGACCACAUUCCGUCAUAACCAUUCCGAUGUAGAUGCGUACGGCUGCUUGAUCUCCGUGAAUAACGCCGUUGAUUACUAUAACAGUCUACUCCAGCAAGCCCUGGCAGAUUCUAGAGCUCGGCUCGCGAAUUCUACUAUCGUCUAUUUGGACACUAACAAGAUCCUCCUCGACCUCUUUCGACACCCUAAAUCCUACGGCAUGCAACAUGGCACAAGAGCUUGCUGUGGGCACGGCGGCGGUCCGUACAACUACGACCCGAGACUCUUCUGCGGCACGACCAAAGUCAUCGAUGGUCGGUCCAUGACGGCCUCAGCCUGUACGGAUCCCUACAACUACGUCAGUUACGACGGAAUCCACGCCACCGAGGCCGCAAACCGCCACAUCUCCGCUGCCAUUAUCGACGGCUCGAUCUCUCACCCUCCGUUUGCCCUCUCUCAUCUCUGUCGUAUUCACAGCUUUCCCUGAAAAUGAGUCUGUACUGUACCAACGGAUGUGACGAAUUAAAACGUUUUAUUAUGAGUUGUUAGAUUUAUGGGGGAUUCUUUAAAUUGCAAUAAUUAAUCUUUAUUUAUAUU